AAACGUUGAGAGAGACAGAAAACAACGUGGGAUGUUUUCGCUAUCGUGAUGGCAGUCUGAGGACGCCGCGGGCGACUGGCGUUUUGCUGCAGCGGGCGCGGCUUUAGGACCGCGGAGACACCCGGAGGAGAGGAGAGCCGCCGCUUUGCAGCGGAGUGUGAAGAGCCCACUCGCAGCCCCUCUAUCCCAGCUCGGAUUCCACCGUGUGCAGUCACUUCUCCUUCGGUUUCCACCGGUCGUGUUUUGGGACUUUCUCAAUCGGAUCCCGUUUCUCCUUUAAUAUCUCCUAUCUGUCACCUUAAUCGGUGCGGCUGCGUCUCGCGGUCAUUUUCACUUCGGGCACUGGAAGAUUUCUGUCGGACAGAAGGGACUUGGAUGGCACAACUCAAAUAGCGGAGUGUGGGCGAUGCGGCUGCCAGAGAAGUCGAGCUAGCAGCGGACGGCAGCCCACAAAUCUGCUCCCUGUUCGCCCGAGGAGAGCGCGAGGAGUGAAGAAAGUUGCUCCCUAAUGAACUCAAGUGGAACCCUAUGAGCAACCAAAGAGGGGGUCAGAAGGAUGGAGGGCUUCGUGGACCAGAACAGCAUUUCUGUUCCCAAAAGUGACGCAGAAGCCGGGCGGAGGAAUGGCCUCAUCAAUACUCGAAACUUAAUGGUGGAAACAAAAGAUGGUCUGGUGUCGGUGUACUCCGCCCCACAGUACCAGGGGUGCGUGGUGGUCAACGUGUCCCCAAAGAGCUCAGUGGACAGCGGUGUCAAGCACCCGUCCCCACAGCUCCUGAACCCGAGCACGCUGCCUCAAACAGUGGACUCCCGCUAUCGGCCCAACAUCAUCCUCUACUCGGAGAACAUGCUGAAGACCUGGAGCGAGGGCAUGAGUGCCGACUGCUGUGAAACGACUUUCAUUGAGGACAUCUCACCUACCAAAGAAGCCUUAGGGUUCCCCGAGGGCAGAUUUAUUGAACUUUCAGGGGACGACGCCAAGAUACAGACGCUCUCCUAUGACAUCGAUGAGGAGGAUGAGUUCCAGGAGCUGGAGAGCGACUAUUCCAGUGACACCGAGAGUGAAGAUAAUUUUCUAAUGAUGCCCCCAAGGGACCACCUGGGCCUCAGCGUAUUUUCGAUGCUCUGUUGUUUCUGGCCAUUGGGAAUUGCUGCCUUUUACCUGUCCCACGAGACAAACAAGGCGGUGGCCAAGGGCGAUUUCCACCAGGCGAGCUCCAGCUCCAGAAGGGCCCUUUUCCUGGCUGUUCUCUCCAUCACCAUCGGGACGGGGAUUUACGUCGGGGUGGCUGUGGCUCUCAUUGCCUACCUUUCAAAGAACAAUCACUUAUAACGAUCAACUAUUCUGAGAAAAAAAU